AUGGACCCUUACGAUAGCGACUCGUCGGGUUCCGAGGAUGAGGGGGAUUUCACUGAGACUGGAGUGCUGCUGGGGUAUGCCUCAGAAGAGAUCCUAGACGAUACUAUCAGUCACCUUGGAGGCUGGCCGACAUGGCUCGAUGAUUCUACACUGCCCCCAGGGGAAUUCGCCAAUUGCAAAGUUUGCAAUAGCCCCAUGCUCCUUCUGCUUGAAUUGCACGGUGACCUUCCGGAACAUUUCCCGGACGAUGAGAGACGACUUUACAUCUUCGGCUGUCCCAAAAAGGCAUGCAACAAGAAGCCCGGCAGCAUCAGAGCCCUACGCGCCGUCCGAAAGACCAAGGUCGAACAAGCGCCACGGAACACGGAGGAGAAGCCCAAGGAGGACACAGAAAAGAAGGCCAAGGCUCCCAAGCAGGAUAUAGGGGCAAGUCUCUUCGGGGGCACUUCCCUCAUUGGAAGCGUCUCGGCGAACCCAAAUCCCUUCUCCUCGUCGAAUGCACUUUCAUCGCAGGCCAGCAAUCCAUUUGCGGCCCCGGCUACUUCAUCCCCCGUACCGGCCAAACAAACCUCUACCACGACCCCUUCCACGACCUCUUUGUCAGAGAGCUUUGCCGAUAAGGUCAGAGUCUCCUCCCCUCCCCCGACGACUGCGGCACCAGAAUCCGCUGCACCUGCUGCGCCUUGGCCCGACAAGUCUGCAUUCCCAGCCCCGUACACACAGUUCUACCUGGACGCCGAAUACGAGACGCUUUCUCGGCCUUCCACGCCAACGAUACCGGCGAACGUCACCAUCGACAACACCGAAGAGGAGGAAGCCGCCGGUGGAUCUACUGAUCUUAAGGAUACGUUUGAAUCCGAGCUGGACAAAGCGUUUAUGAAAUUCUCCACACGCCUAGAGCACAACCCAGAGCAGAUUUUGCGGUACGAAUUCCGUGGCACCCCGCUCCUCUACUCUUACAGCGAUCCCGUGGGCAAGCUUCUUCAUGAUCCUAAGCAUGGCUCUGGCUCUCGUGUGACAACCGUCGCGAGUGGAGCGAGCCGUUUCCCUCGUUGCCAAUACUGCGGUAGCGAGCGUGUCUUUGAGCUGCAGCUGGUGCCGCACGCCAUUGCUGUACUGGAGGAGGGUCGCGAGGGCGUUGGACUGGGUCCCAAGGAUGAUGCAGGUAUGGAAUGGGGUACCAUCAUCCUUGGUGUGUGCAGCAAGGAUUGUGGGCCGCAGCAAGUGGGAGUAGUCGGAUGGCGCGAGGAGUGGGCUGGUGUACAGUGGGAGGAAUCGGUCAAAUAG